AUGGCCAAAGAAAAAAAAACUGCAGCACGUAGCGCAAUUUCAGAUGUCGUAACUCGUGACUAUACAAUUCACUUGCACAAGGCCGUAUUCGGCAGGAGCUUCAAAUACCGAGCACCACAGGCUGUAAAAGCCAUCAAAACAUUUGCAAAAAAACACAUGGGAACUUCAGACGUGCGUCUCGAUCCACAAUUGAACAAGGAAAUCUGGAAACAGGGUAUCAGGAAUGUACCGCGUCGAAUGCGUCUUCGAUUGUCACGUAAACGUAACGACGAGGAAGAUGCAAAAGAAAAAUUGUAUACGUAUGUGCAGUAUGUGCCUGUGCUUAAUUUCAAAGGUCUGGAAACUACUGUUGUAGAAGAGUAA